AUGUCGUUCACCAGUGUUUCCGGGCCCUUUUGGGGUCCAGUGGACUGGCUUCAUAUCUAUAUUGCUGGCACCGCCUUUUUGGUUUGCGGAUUCGUUGCACUAAUCAUAAUAUUGUCAUCGCAGAAGCGCAAGAUUGACUACAACAGCGGUGUUUUCACCUAUCUAAAAUUCAUCUACGCAACCUUCCUCAAGCCCCAUCAGAGCCAUGGAAAUGGCCAACAGGAUGCUCUCGAGAGCUUCUACAAGACUCAGGCUGGUGUGUAUGAUGCCACUCGCAAGCGUCUUUUGUGUGGUCGGGAGGAUAUGCUGGGCUUAGUUGCAGCCCAGCUGAAACACAAGGUCGAAAACAAGGAGCUCCAGUCCGGCAAGGCCAUCUGGGUUGAUAUUGGUGGAGGCACAGGAUACAACAUCGAAGCCAUGUCUGCCUUCCUCCCUGUCCAGGAAUUUUUCUCACACGUAUAUCUGGUCGACUUUUCACCCUCCCUCUGUGAGGUGGCCCGCAAACGUUUUGAAAGACUGGGAUGGAAAAAUGUCCGGGUCAUCUGCCAGGAUGCCCGUACUUUCCGCUUGCCCGAUGAUGACAAGGUUGAUCCCCGCAGCAAGAGCACCACCGGUGCCGACCUGGCGACUAUGAGUUAUAGCUUGUCUAUGAUCCCAGACUAUUACAGCGUCGUCGACGCCCUGCCCGCGCUCUUGAGAUCCUCCGGCAUUCUCGGGGUUUGCGAUUUCUAUGUCCAAAGCAUUGUCGACGUCUCCUCGCGUAACUAUACCGGUGGAGCGUUCAACCGUCAUGUGAACUGGCUUGGACGAGUCUUUUGGCGUGCCUGGUUCGACGUGGAUCGAGUCAGUCUGGAGGCAGCCCGUCGUGACUACCUGGAGUAUCGGUUCGGUACCGUCAUCUCAGCCAGCGAAAGAAACUACCUUUUGGGUGGCAUUCCUUACUAUAUCUUUGUCGGUUGCCAAAAGGAUUCAACCACCCACUCAGGUCGCGAGGCCAUUGAGAAGUUGAACGCCUCAUUCACAGAAUCACCGUAUCUCGCACCAGCCAACCACCGAAAGGAAAUGGAGACCGCUGUUGAGAACAGUACGCAAGAAAUCAGAUCCAAAGCUUAUGAAUCUGCUGUGGUCAACUUGAGCUCGAACUUGCCCCUCCCCUCAUCCUUCUACCAGAACCACAACCAUAGGAUUUUCUAUGAUGACUUACUGCCAAAGCACACGCAGUUCGGAAAUGAGUACAUAUAUGCCUUCAACUGGGAAGACCCUCGUGUCGACCAUCGCCUGCUAAAUAUCAAGCGUGACGAUGUCAUCCUGGCCAUCACAAGCGCCGGAGACAACAUCCUUGACUAUCUGCAGAAGAGCCCACGUCGGGUGCAUGCAGUUGACCUGAACCCGAACCAGAACCAUCUACUGGAGCUCAAGGUGGCCAGCUUUAUGGCCCUGGGUCACCGUGAUGUGUGGAAGAUAUUCGGUGAAGGAAAGCACUCUGAGUUUCGCAACCUUCUCAUCUCCCGACUGAGCCCACAUCUAUCCAGCCAAGCGUUCCAGUACUGGCUGGAGCACAGUCAUGUCUUCACUUCUUCUUCCGGCAAGGGACUCUACGAGACGGGCGGUUCGCGCCACGCUAUCAAGAUGGUUCGCUACCUAUUUAAGAUGUUUGGCCUGCAAGGUCAGGUGCAACAGCUCUGCGAAGCUCAGACCCUGGCAGAGCAGCGAAAAAUCUGGCCGCGGAUUCGCUCUGUCCUGUUGAGCAAGCCUCUUCACUGGGCUGUGGUGGGUACCGAAUGGUUUGCAUGGAAGGCCGCAGGCGUGCCCCGCAACCAACGCAAUAUGAUAGUCGACGACUUCUUCAAGAGAAACGGCUUGAAUAAGGAUAUGAAGCAGACGAAAGAUGUGAGCGGCCAGUCGAUCUGGGAGUAUGUGGUGGACACUCUGGACCCCUUGAUCCAGGAGACUAUGAUCAGCAACGAUAACUACUUUUACUUCCUGUCUUUGCAGGGGCAGUUCUCAAGGAGAUGCCAUCCUGCAUACCUCUCCCCCAAGGCCCACGUGAAGCUAUCCUCCCCCGGAGCCUUCGAUGGCCUCCGCAUCCACACCGACGAGAUCAACGAAGUGAUCAAGCGUAUUAAACCACACAGCCUGACCAUAGCCGUGGUCAUGGAUUCCAUGGACUGGUUCGACCCCGAAGGCAGCGAAGCAGCCGUCCAAGCACAGAAACUCAACCACGCCCUAAAGAUGGGCGGCCGGAUACUGCUCCGUUCUGCGAGUAUCGAUCCCUGGUACAUUCGUCAUUUCGAGCAGAAUGGCUUCUCCGCGCGCCGUGUGGGUGCCCGGUUCCCUGGCACCUGCAUUGAUCGCGUAAACAUGUACGCAUCAACCUGGAUCUGCACAAAGACCCAGGAACACGAACGCCCGACCCCCAGCCGCGCCAUGUCCGCCCUCUCAUUGGACAACUCCACCCAGAGAAACAGCGUAGAGCAUCUCGAGAUAUAG